GAGUGUUUAUAACAUCGAGAUCUCAGCCUUCUUGGACCUGAGAAGGAAACCAGCACAUUGAUCUAUUGCUUAAUACCAAACAGCAGAAAGUCCCAGAGAGAAGCAUGACAAUGAAUACUCUUCUUGUACAAUGGGUGAUAUUUCAGAGCCUGACAAAUUGUUUUUGUUAUUACACAGAUAUCCGCUUCACUUUGAUAAACAGUACUCUAACUGCUGUGGAGGGGUCCUGUAUUGAAAUGAAAUGUAGUUCAAACCAAAUUUCUCAUAGACGUGAAGGUGCUUACUGGUUCUGGAUGAAGAAUCCAAAAUGGGACGAUGGCCAUUAUUCUGGCAUUGUCAUUUUCAGCACAAAGGAAUCAGAACGCUCUGUCGAUCCACAAUUUAAAAACAGAGUCAAGUAUAUAAACUCACCGAAUAGUGACAAUGAGUUUUCACCAACACAAAUAUGUGAAAUAUUGAUCUGUGACCUGAGGAAAGAAGACACUGGGCAAUACAAAUUCAGAUUUAUUUCAGGAAACCAUAAAUGGAUGACGAAUCCAACAAAUCUAACUGUCCAGGAAAAUCCAUGCCUUAUCACUUUUAGCCAACCACCAGCUGUGAUGGAGAAUGAAAAAGUAACACUCACGUGCUCAACUUUAACUUCGUGUCAUUCCAACCCACAUAUUUACCCUCUGAAGCCGCUGUCCUCACCAGAAAGCCCAAAUUCUCACACCGUCAGCAGUAAAAAUGAAUCAACAAAAAGUACCAACCUUAGUUUUACUGCCAGCAGGGAAGAUGAUGGGAGAGUCUUUUCAUGCCAACCACCAGGAAACAAGGACAAGUAUUUGAUCCGGAAUAUUACCUUGACUGUAGAAUAUGCUCCCAAAGACGUUCAGGCUGUGAUGAGCCAUGAACCCGUGAAGGAAGGAGACACUGUGAAUAUCACGUGCUCUGCUAAAGGACAUCCCAAUGUCACCUUCAUCUGGUUUAUAAAUAACAGAACGAUGGCGGGAGCUCAGCUUCGAUUUGUAUCAAUCAAAGCGUCAGACAGCGGAUCGUACCACUGCCAAGCUCACAACAAACAUGGGACUAAACGGUCUAACACAUUAAGAGUUGAUGUGCUUUAUCCACCUACGGUUCACGUGCAAGACCAAACCCAACCCCGAGAAAACCUUAAAGUGACAGAAGGGGAUAAGAUUACUCUUAAAUGUAUUGUGGACAGAAGCAAUCCAACUCCACGUUUAACUUGGAACAAAGAUGGAAAAAAGGUUUUGCAAAGCCAGGACUACAUUAUUUCCAGAGUCAAACCACAGGACAGUGGCAUUUACACAUGUACAGCCAUAAACUCUGUUGGUUCGGGGACAUCAAAUCCUGUUUAUAUUGAUGUUUUAUACAAGCCGCAAAGCAAGGUUUCUAUCAGUGCCAAGGAUAACAAUGUGAAAGUUAACAGCUUCCUUACAUUUACCUGUGACACCAAGGCAAAUCCAGAGCCUUGGUUCUCCUGGUACCAUUACAAACAGUCUGACCCCUCCAACUGGACAUCACUGAUAAAUAAAAAGCUUCUAACUUUUAAAAGCAUUCAAAGAACAGAUGAAGGCUGUUACAUUUGCAAUGCAAGUAACAAAAUUGGUAAUGGGGAGACCAGUCAUCCCAAAUGCAUUCAAAUCAUUUUUCCUCCCACUAAGGUCUCACUGUCUUUGGCUUCUAAGGUUAAAGAAGGCCAGUCUGUUACAGUCAUCUGUACAGCCGAAAGCUUCCCUUUGUCAAACUUUGAGUUGAAACGAUCUUCGACACCUGAUUUUUCAACCUCGGAACAGUUUUUUUAUCAGCCUGCUAAUCAACAAAACUCUCUCACCUACACUUUUAAUGUAACUACCGCCCACGCAGGGUUUUACACCUGCGUUGCAUCAAACAGUGAAGGAAAUAUGAGAAGCGCUCAGAGGAAACUGGAGGUUGAAUAUUCUCCCAAAGAUGUGAAAAUAGAAGCUUUCCCUGGUCUAGUUGUGAAAGAAAAGGAGAUGUUCACGUUGAAUUGCAGCGCUCAUUCCAACCCACCAAUAAGUCAGUUCAAAUGGACAACAGAGAGUAACAAUAAAAAGGAAAUUACUGUGAGCACUGAGAGGACCUACAAGGUAUAUUCUUCCAGGCCUUCUGACAGUGGGACAUACAGCUGUGAAGUCCAAAAUGAGAUUGGUAGCGGGAAAUCAAAAGUGGAGAUUAAAAUCAAGUAUGCGCCGAAACAGACAACAAUCUUUAAAGGAGAAGAGCAACAGCACCAUGGGGGACGACGUUCUGUUAAGCUGAGCUGCAGCAGUCAUUGCUAUCCUUCUGCUCAAUAUUUCUGGUACAGUAAGCCAGACAACAGAAAGGUUUCUGACCAGCAGAGCCUGACCGUGUACUCCCACCAAGCUGGGGAGUACUACUGCAUUGCAAAAAACGAAAUGGGUCAGACACAGUCGGAUUCAGUCUGGCUGUUUGACGACACAGUUGAAAAGAUUUUGAAAGGUUUUGGCUGGUUUUGCUUGUUGGUGCUCGUCAUAGUCCUAAUUGGCUAUUGCAGGAACAGAAUGAACAAAGCAAAUCAACAGAGGACAACAAAUACGAGGCCCUGCUGUAGUAGUAUGCUAAUAAUUCAGAGCAUCCAUAGGUGGUGUAAAAGAUCUGAAAGGAGGAAUACAAGAAAUGAGAAUAUUUUAAGACAACAGACCUCUAGAAGCAGAGACGAGCUUUUGUCAGAGCCGCAAUGCCGUACAACGGCUCAGGAUCAGCCGCCUCGGCCAGACGUCACGUCUACAACCUACCAUGCUAACACUGUUUAUGCCACAGUCAAUGUGCCAUUUGACAAAUCUGCAUCUGCUCAGUCUCCGUCAGCACAAAGGGCAGGACAAAGGCAGCAAACGUGCAUGGAGGACGAUUCGCUCAACUAUGCUUCUCUACAUUUUGAGAACAAGAAGAAAGUAGAAGAGCCUGUAUAUUCGCAAGUGUGUAACCAAAAUCCCUACAAACAGGGAACCCGGGGGGACUAUGAGAACAUCAGUAUGGUUUUGCCGAUCGUUGCUCAAAGUCAAAGUCAAACCUUUAACGAUGACUCAGAGACCAGUGAUGAAGAGGAGGUCAACUAUAGUCAGGUGAACGUUAUUUCCAAACCUUCAUGCCAGACAGACACGACAGACUCCAGCACCUCUGAGGAUGAGACUCUGUACUCUGAAGUCCGGCUCUGAUUCAAGACACCUGUUGGGAGCUGUUAAUCAAAUCCUAUCUUGAUAGGAUGUGCAUAUGUCUGUUCAUUUGUGUUCAAUGACAAAGUAGAGGAGAGAAGGAAGUGAUCACUGUUUCAUUCUUUAAGGGACCAUGACAACAAAUGUCAUUUUUCUGUGGUUUGGGGGUAUAAUAUGAUCCGCUGUGCACUAAUGAGGCCGUGUGAAUGUCAAGAGUGGAUGCCAAAGGACCUGCUCUGGGGCGGUCAGCUUUGUUUCUUUGCUCAAAAACGUUAAAAUCAGAGAACAGUUUAUAGUUCUACAUAGGUUAUCUUUCUACAUAAUUCAUAUUCUCCGAUUAUAGCACACCAUCAAGCAAACAGUCUCCCGCCAGCUGAUACACUGGUCAGCUAACUUGAUGCCGUGAGUCGUGCUAGCAUGUCUGACUGCUCCACACGAGCAGAGGAUGUCCGAGGUUGCUCAAAAACAGACGGAAGUUUCCACUUACUCCCAAAGGAUGAGAGAAUCAGAGUGAUUAAUUUAUGGGGAAGUACCACACAAUUAUGACCCCAAUUUGAGACUAUAUGUUCAGCGCACUUUACUGAAUACAGUUUCCUGAACAUCGGUGCAAUCAAGUCUGGGUUUUUAAGAACCUUCUGUACCAACACUGAAGGUGGCGACCGCAACGCUGUCAUCGUCCGUAAAUUUGUUUAAUUUCUAAAUGCUGUCAAAUGGAAGGAAGGCGUGUUUGUAACUAAAAAAUCAGGUUGACUGACUGAGUGACCAGCUAAAGCGCUGCCAGCUGGCUGUGCAGCAAGCGCCACGCCACUGUCACGAAUUUAGUUUUGUGCUUCGGUCCCACUGUGUGGAUGAUGAAUCACGCCGGCAGGUAAAAGCCUUUGGUCUGCUUGGAAAAGGCUAUUCAAACCAACCUUGCUCUAUGUGAAAACAGUAAUAGUCGCCAUUUCUAAACCAUGAUUUACCUAAGAUGAGCAUACCGAAGUCUGAAGGCCUGACCUGUGGAAUGGAGAUGUGUUUUAAACAACUUUACUGUCAGUACAAAUUUAUCUAAAAGAAAAAGAAUAAACCAAAAGAAAACAAAUCGAGGAUGAAUCUAAAGUAUUUCAAGAAACAGUCACUGACAUUUAUUUGUUUUGAAAGAGUUGCAACGUCAUAUCAAGGGAUCUGGGACUCCGGCAAACCACAGUAAGGGCCAUCAUCCACAAACGUGGUGAUGAGCCUUCCCAGGAGUGACCGGCCAUCUAAAACGUCCAGAGACCCUUAAAACUAAAACCAUUUCAUAAUCCAAUACUUUUUUCCCUUUAAAAAAAGAAAAA